AUGAGGACCUUCCAGAGCCAAAGUGAUCCUGAGCAGUGCGGAGUCUUCAGCAGCAGCAGCAACAGCAGCAGCAGCGGCGGCGGCGCCAUGAGUCCACUGAGCACGGCCAGCAUCACCCUGGCAGCCCUGCUCAUCCUCACCAUACCAGUCUGCACCAGUGCUCCAGCAGAAGUUCAGAAGACCACAACAGAUCAGAAGCAGCUAUUCAGCAAGAUAGAGGCUGUGUGCUCAUCAUACCUCUCUGCAGACCUGGAGCUUUGGGCGUCUGAUGCCUUAGGGGAGCUAUGUGUCAUGAUGUUGGUUCAGAAGUCAAAGGAGCUGAAAUUGCAAGAAAAAAGUAAAAGGACCGCUCUGUUGCACCCUCUCCUCCAUCUAUUUUCUCAACUCAGUGCCAGAGGAGAGAGAGGACUCUCGAUGCACGCUGAGGUCCAGGGUCCCGGUGGAAUCGAGAGCAGAGGUUACUUCCUCUAUCGGCCACGAAAUGGAAGACGAUCCUUAGAAUACGAAUAA